UCCUCUUCAAUGCAGCUCCAGAUGAAUUCCUGCAUUGUAAAAUCUGCUCUGUGGCUCGUGUGCAUUAGCUUGCUGUUCAGCUCCUCUCAGAGCUGCUAUCAGUGCUUUUUUGAGGCAAGAGACCGUGUUCGUCUGUGUUUUGAACACACCAGGUCACACAUGGUUAUAGAUACCUGCAUGAGGAUGUUGAACCGUAUAUUCAACAAUAACAACAGUGUGAUUGAGGCUGGCAGAGUAGGUCGUGGAUAUGAUAAGCAGCUGAAUGAUAUUUUGCAUGCAGAAAUUCGGCCCUUGGAAGCUGAAUUUGGCCUAAUGGAAAAUGUAGUCCCGGCGAUGUAUGAGGGGAGGCUUCAGACAGCAGCAGACAAUUUCAUCGCAGCUGCGUCCAGACUGCCUCGAGCCUCUGGAUGUGUCCCUCCAUGUGGUUUCCAGAGUGCAGGUGCUGUGUACAACUGUGAUACCUGCAGGUACGUCUCCUGUGAGCUCCCUCUCGACUGUCCAGUUCGAAGAAUCAACGUCACGGAGAAUAACAGGAGUCGAAUGUGGUGCGACGUGCAAUUUCGCUUGCCAGACAACAUCAAGAUAAUGUGGAGGUUCGCAGAAGAGGUGGAAACGCAGCAGAUGAAUCAGUUUGAAGUAGUGACUGUUGGGGUGGACAAGCUUUAUUCUAUCUCUUCAGCCAGCCCGCAGCAUCAGGGCACCUACAUGUGUGAGAUCUUCUCAGACCAGCGCUCCAUCGUGAGACUAUACUUCUAUCUUUUCAUAACCUCUCACCAUACGAGAGGUUAUGAAAAGCUGCAGGACAUAUUCGACCUGUCUCUGCUUCCAGGAGGGAGGUUACUUGGCAGCACUGCAGCUGAUGAUCCUCCCCACGUCUUUCUCCCUCCACUGCUGCUUCUUAUAGCCUGUUUAACUUCUUUGCUGCUCCUGCUCUUCCUCACCCUCGGGGCUUUGUAUUGGUCGUUACCAGAGAAAACUAAUCUUUCUAAAAAGGAUGGAGACGAUCUGGACAGUUAAACAGCUACACGUAGAGCAAUAUAGUAGUAAAGUAAUUAUACAUAUAGUGUGAGCGUCGUUGUUAGUUAACUAACCCCUAGGGUUCUUAGUUAACCCAGAGUUGAGGUAGAUUUAUACUCUGGACUUAUCCACAAAACAACUUUUCUUUUACAAUGUUUUUAACUUUUUUGUUCUUAAGCCUCUUAAGACCAUCAAGAUAAUCAGGCUGCCUGUAUUUAUAUUGAUUGUAUAGUUGUAUAAUUUUGUUGCUUUCUGCUUCCCUUCUCCAAGAUAACUUUCACUUUCGAGAUCUGGCAGUUAUUUGACAGUUAAGGAAUUACGGUACUGAGGGGCUGACGUCACAAAAGUGUGACGCGCUGGUGAAUCUUGUCUGUUAACGAAAGUCUUGAAGUAUAUGGGUGCAAAGCUCUAUUUCUCUAUUUUCCAGUCUCCAUCCAUCCGUCUUCUACCACUUUAUCCGCCACAUGAGGGUUGCGUGGGGUGCUGUGCCAACCUCAGCUGACAUAGGGCAAAAGGCAGGGUCAGACCCUGGACAGAUCGUCUGUGAGAUGAGUAGUAUGCAUGCCAAGUUGUUAACAGAAGGGUUAAGCACGCCAUUGUUUCAAGAAAUGUCUUCACCCACACAAAACCUAAAAUGGCUUUCAAUGGUGUAGUGUGUCAGGUUGUACAAGAAAAUGUUGCACUUGUGAAAAGAAACAAAAAAUAAAUCAGUUAAUCUCCAAAAGGUACAUCUCAAGACAUAAUUUGCAAUAAUAUAAAGAAAAAAUUUGAUUUAUGACAUGGAGUUAUUGGACCAUACAUCUGCUGUACAUUAUAGUAUUGCACAGUAAAAUAUUACAAUAUUUGCAUACAAUGAUAUUUUCAAAG